ACUGACUGACGACACCCAGCGCCCACAAAACCAGAGAUGGGAAGAAGCCCUUGCUGCGCGAAGGUGGGCUUGAACAGAGGAGCCUGGACGGCUCAGGAGGACAGAGGCCUCAUGGAUUACAUCCGAGCCCAUGGCGAAGGAGGCUGGAGGAACCUCCCCAAGAAAGCAGGCUUGAAGAGAUGCGGCAAGAGUUGCAGGCUCCGGUGGUUGAACUAUUUGAGACCCGACAUCAAGCGAGGCAACAUAACGGCGGACGAGGAGGAGCUCAUCAUCAGGCUGCACAAGCUCCUGGGCAACAGGUGGUCUCUGAUCGCGGGGAGGCUCCCAGGGCGAACAGACAAUGAAAUAAAGAACUACUGGAACACCAUUGUGAGCAAGAAGGUGAAAGACCAGCCGAAGCCGUCGAAAGAGACCAGAAUCAUGAAGCCCAAGGUCGUCGCCAACUCUCGGCCAGCAACCCAAGUGGUGAGGACUAAGGCCUUGAAGUGCUCCAGGGUCUUGUUCCUCGCUCCUCCGCAAGCCCGCCCCCAAGCCAUGCAGCAGCAACAACAACAACAACAACAUCACCGCGCCAACGCCGACACCACGACCCAAACCGACGCCGUGCCUGCUGCGAAGAACAAAAAUGCAGAUGGCAAAGCCCCGUGUCUUGCCGGCAGCGAAGAUCACCUGGCGACGGACUUCGAUUUCAGCCAGAUGGACUUGUCAGAGCUCCUGAACUCCGACCUAUCCGACAAGUUCCGCGGCUUCGGCUGCUGCAACUACGGCUCCUACAACAGUACCUCGUCAGCUUCUUCUAGUCCUUCCACGGAACAAGCCAUGAUGUUCUCAGAGGAGAUGGUCCAGAGCUGGAACCUCAGUGGGUGCGCCCACGAUCAAGCGAACGUGGGGUCCAAUCUUCAAUCUCUGUCUCCAUUCCUCGAUUGCAACAAAGGGGAAUGGCUGGCCAGCGGAAUAAUUUGAAUUAAGGAGAGGGACUUGUAUAAGAAUUUGCACCAAUGUAUAUGAUAGCAUCAGCAAUAAAAAAACAAAAAUAAGAGGCUAGUUGCUGAAGGGCAUCGUGCUUUUUCUCCCAUCUUUUUCCAAGAAGAUGGUCGAUGGACGAGGCUUUGUC